GAGAUGUGGAGGGCGAAGGAGGAAGCUUUUCGCCGAGGAAGUGUCUCCUGGAAGUCGCUGGGUAUCUCUGACCACCUUAUCCGAGCUCUCGCCGGCGUUUCCCUUCACAGGCCUCUGCCGUCCAGGCUUCGUCCAUACCACACAUACUAACAGGAAGUGAUGUUAUAGUUGCCGCAGAAACCGGUAGUGGCAAGACACAUAGCUACCUGGUUCCUUUGAUUCACAACUUAUGCGGUGAUUGUAAUCUUGAAACUAGCAAUUCUAAAGAAAUUACUGAACCUCACAGAAUGUCUUUGGUCCUUUGCCCAAAUGUGAUGCUUUGUGAGCAAGUAGUUCAGAUGGCAGACUGUCUUGUAAGUGAUUCUGGUAAACCACUCCUGAAAGUUGCUGCUGUAUGCGGGCAGCGAGGAUGGCCUGUAGCUGCGCCCGAUAUCCUAGUAUCCACCCCAGCUUCUCUUUUGAACUAUCUUUUUGCAUUUGACCCGGAUGAAAGGCGCCGUGAUAGUUUCUUGCGCAAUAUAAAAGUUGUGGUAUUUGAUGAGGCAGAUUUACUUCUUUGCGGAAGCUUUCAAAACCAAAUUAUCCGAAUAUUAAAUAUGUUACGUUUUGAUGAGAAGCUGUUGUCUCAGAUGCAAAGCUCAGAAAAGCAUCUUUUGAAGGAUGCGAGUAAAAAACAUGAAAUGAAGUUUGGAUCUGAAGAUGAAGAACAGCUGCAUCUUGCUAGCGACCAGGAUGAUGAAAGUGAAAAUGAUGUACUUGAUCUUGAAAGUUCCAUAACCAGUGUCAGUAAAAUUCAGUCUCCAGCUAAGGACUGGCGGAGAGUUAGAAAAGUUUAUGCGCGCAGUAAGCAGUAUAUCUUUAUCGCUGCCACCCUUCCUGUAAAUGGUAAGAAAACUGCUGGUGGAGUGUUGAAAAGAAUGUUUCCAUAUGCCAUUUGGGUCAGUGGGAAUUUUCUUCAUAAACACAAUCCUAGAUUGGAACAAAGAUGGAUAGAAGUUACUACUGAUACUCAGGUAGAUGCUCUUCUGAAGGCCGUAAGAUCCUGUUAUGGGAAAAAACAUGGAAGCUUCAAUGAUGAUGUUUGUCGGACCAUGGUGUUCACUAAUACAGUUGCUGCUGCUGAGUCGGUUGCUAAAAUAUUUCGUAUGGCUGAAAUCAAAUGUUCUUCUUACCACAGUGAGAGUUCCCUUGAGGAGCGAACCAAUAAUUUGAUAGAUUUUCGGGAAAAUGGUGGGGUGCUUGUUUGCACGGAUGCUGCAGCUCGUGGUCUGGACAUACCGAAUGUUUCACAUGUUAUUCAGGCUGAGUUUGCAAGCUCUGCUGUAGACUUUUUACACAGAAUUGGUCGAACAGCUAGAGCUGGUCAAUCUGGGAUUGUCACGAGCUUAUAUACAUAUUCAAAUAAAGAUCUUGUAGCUUCUGUGCAUCUGGCGGUGGAAACAGGCCAGCCUGUGGAGAAUGCAUUUAGCCGGAAAAGGAGCUUCAGGAAUAAGAUAAAGAAAAGAGGUAUGCUUCUCAAGGACGCAGCAGGGCUGAAGAGACAUUCAGAGUAUCAGCAUAAGGCUGGUUUGAUUGGGACUCCUUAUCAUGUGGUUGAAUCGGUGCUCAAAUCGGUUCAAUUGGAUGACAAAACUGAUUUGCAGCUUUGCGAAGUGCCAAAAUUAACCAGUAAAAAUUGGCAGUCAAAUCUCUCAAUUCUUAAGUUGGAAGCGUUUGAUCGAUGUGAUUUAAAAUUCUAUAGCAGAGACAGUUGAAAUUUAAUAUUUUUUAUGACAUGUUUCAUCUUUAUGUAUUAUGUAUUAUCAUUAUUAUAAAUAUUAUGGUAUUUAAAUAAUUUAAUUUAAUUUCAUGAUUUGCAUUAUCAUAGUCGAACUCUUUCUUAGAUCUUGGUUAAAUUUUUGAACCUUGGAUUUUUCUUCCACCCGCUUAAUAUCAAGAUCCUGGUAGAUUGGAUUGUUGAAAUUUGAGAAUUUUAUUCUCUAAUUACUAACGACAACAGCAACAUCAAGCUUUUAUCCUACUAUGUGGGUUGGUUAUAUGAAUUAUUUUCCU